AUGUCCACCGAUGAAUUUUUUAGUAAGUUCGACGACGUUUUAUUCGGUUCCACCCGCUUCUUUUUCGAAAUAGUAAGGCUGAAAGAACGUGCAAGACACGUUCUCUCAGGGACCGUAGAUACGCGCACUUGCAUUUUGAAUCAGAAAACGAAGCCGGAAAUUCUACGACCUCGUAAAGGACCAAUCUUUCAACCUACACUUCUCUCCACAAAAAGGCUCUCCCCUUGUCGGCAACUGGUCUUAACGUUAAACGACGAUCAGUUGGAUUAUCUUUCCGACAUUAAAUCGAAAGACAUCAUAGAAAUAUAUCCACCGCCUCCACACCUACAAAAAGAUUCUCUUCAAAAAGACUCACAAAAACACUCCUAUGAAAACUCUCUCCUCACGAAAACACUUCCAUGA